AUGUCAGCCCAAAACCAGGACCAAGCGUUUGUCAGUUCCAUCGUCUCGGCAAUUUCGCAAUGCACCGCCCAAAUGACAACUUCACUAGAUCCCCGUCUUGAAUCUGCCCUACUGUUUGAAUCGUCAGUGGCAUCAAACUAUCCUUCAGCAUACCGAAGCUUCUUAUCAAUAGUCACCAUAGUUGAUCCAUCUCCUGGUGAUUUGGUGGAAGCGGUGGUGGAGCUAUUUGAGAAUAUUGGUUUGAACACCCUCACGAUGGGAAGCUUCAUCGCCUUGGCACCAGUUGUUCUAGAUGCCAAGGGAUCAGGAACCUUGGUUCAACCAGUAUUGGCUCUGCCAACCACCACUUUCUUCACCACCGGAUUAUUACAGGAUGACUCUCUGUCCGAUGCUACCACGGUUACACUGGAAUAUACCAGCACUACAUUACCUAUAGAUUUCAUUGAUACCAAUUCCACAAUAACAAGCAGCACAUUAACCGGAACAAAAACAUCGUCGUCGAUACCCUACGAUAUUGGGUCGAAAUAUUUACCGACAACCUCACAAACCACCACUGCCGGCUCAGGAAAAGGUGAGUUAGAACUCAAUAACUACUUAAUAGCUGGUUCAUUUUUGGGCUUAGUGGGGCUACUAUAA